AUGGGCUCUCUUCACUGGGCUCGAAGGCCUGAGCAGCCUUGGAGUGCUGCUGGGUCUCUGUGGGGUUGGGCAGUGUCAAGGCUACACCUGGACUGGACAACAAGGUUCUUUCAAGAAGACGAUGAAGAGAUGCUGGUUCUGACCCAGAGUGAUGAGUUGAACCGAAGUUACUGUGAGGACAACAGAUCGUCCUUUAACAACAUCACAAGCAAUAUUAAUCCACAAUUUGAUGGCAUCAGAAUAAACAGCAGACCAUUAUCAAGAGAAAACAGCCACAAAGACGAGCCCGCUAAACCAGGUGGUAACGAAGCCGCCAGCUCCUCGGGAUGGGAAAGCCCAGCCUUUAAAGAAACCAGAGCUACUGUUAUCUCCACUGGAACCAAGACCAUCACUAUAACUUCAGCCGUAGACCCCUUUUGGUUAGAAAAAAGGUCCUCUGAUAUUCAAGCUGACAAGAUGGGAAGUAAGAGUAAGGAGACUCAAGGUUUCAGCCAGAAUCAGGGGAACAAGAAGCGGUCCGUCAGACUAGUUGGGCUUCCUAGAGGGAAACCUGUAAAAUGCAGGUUUUCAGGAGAAGUAGAGAAGAUUCAAGGAGGAGAGGAAACCUUGGAAGGGACAUCUCAGUUCUGUACGAGCCUCAAAAAAGAGAGAGCAAGCAUGAGCUUGGCUACUUCAGUUCAGAGCCCUGAACCCUGCACCAUGGGCCCGAAUCCUUCUCCCACCAUCACAGCCUGGGAAGCCGGCUGGAACGUCACAAAUGCAAUACAGGGUAUCUUUGUGCUGGGUUUGCCCUUCGCCCUGGUCCAGUCUGGCUAUGUGGGUCUGGUGCUGUUGGUUCUUUCGGCGUGGGUCUGUAACCACACGGGACGAACACUGGUGUCCUGUUUAUAUGAAGAAGAAAAAAGUGGAGGGUCUGGCUCAGUGUCAAAGGUCCGAGUCCGUCACAGCUAUCAGGACAUCAUGGAGGCCUGCUGCAAAGGUCUGUGGCCGAAUUGGUCUGGAGUUGGAGGACUGAUGGUAAAUAUAGCUCAGGUCAUUGAACUGUUGAUGACCUGUACCCUCUACCUACUCGUCUCUACAAGCCUUUUGUCUGACAGUUUGUCAGGGGUGGCUGUUCCUCGAUCAGUGUGUUCACUGGUGUCUCUGGUGUUUCUUCUGCCCUGCCUGCUCCUGACUGAUCUCAGACUAGUCUCCACUCUCAGCCUCCUCUGUUCGCUGGCUCACAUACUUAUCAGCCUGUUGGUCAUGCUGUACUGUUUGAGUUGUGCCAGCAGCUGGUCUUGGUCCUCCCUGUCUCUCUCCGUGGAUCCAGAGGACUUCCUUGUCUCAGUCGGCGUCAUCAUCUUCUCCUACACCUCGCAGAUUUUCCUCCCUCCUCUAGAGGGUAGCAUGGAAGACAGGGGGCAGUUUAAUGCCAUGCUGGGGUGGACCCAUGGAGCAGCAUGCAUCAUGAAAACUAUGUUUUCCUUACUGGCAGUGUUGACCUGGGGAACAGAGACCAGUGAGGUCAUCACAGAUAACCUGCCCUCUGACCUACGACCUCUAGUCAACUUGUGCCUGCUGGCUAAAGCCCAACUGUCCUACCCUCUGCCGUUCUACGCUGCUGCUGAAAUACUGCAAACCGUGCUCAGAGAUGCUGCCAUCUCGUCUUACUCCAAACAUGGAUGUCGAACUGUUUCUCGUCCCGCACUUGUGGUCCGUGGCGCUUUGUUGGUGACAUCAUACCUGCUGGCUCUGUUGGUUCCCAGGUUCUCCCUUUUGAUGGGCCUGACAGGGAGUGUGACCGGGGCAGCAAUGACGCUCAUACUGCCCUGUCUGUUUCACCUUAGACUGCAGUGGGGCCGCCUCACUAUGAAGGACCGGCUGAUAGAUGUGGGUAUUCUGAGUCUGGGGGUCAUCUGUAGUGUGGCUGGUGUGAUUUGUUCAGUGAAAAGGCUAGUGGAGGGACUGUAGGAGGUGAAGCUGGAUAGAAGCAAACAUUUCCUAAUAGGUUAAGUCAUGUUAAAGGACUGCUGCAACAUUCUGCUUGGUAUUUAUUCCUGCAUUGAAGCAAUUUAUGAGCAAAUGUUUUCACUUCUGUACUUGUCAACCAUAGUUUACAGUACAAGCAAAUAUUGACAAAAAUAAUCUUAAAAGGCCUGUAAGGUAUAAUUAGUAUGAAGUAAAACAUUUUCUUCUGUUUGUUCUGAAACUUGUCGACGAACAGUACUGUGCAAAGGUCUUGAGCCACCCCUCCUUCCUUUGCCAGGAAAAUGGGAAACGGGUGCAAGGAUUUAAUGAAACAUGUGCAAACAUACAUUGAAAUACAGUAUAUAAGGCAAAAACUGAGUUUCUACAAUUUUAAUGAGCUUCAAAGUCAAUAGUGUGACUACCUUUAUUCUUCAAAUACAGC